GCGGCUGCCGUAUGUCGUUUUUGCGACUGCCGUAUGUCUGAUGACAACAAACAUGGCGUCCUCAAUGUCACUUCUCGGACUGGGACGUUUAUCCGUGCUCAACGCGGCUUCUAAAAUGUUCCCGAACCCUCUCAGGUCUACCAGCACAUCAACAUUGAGGCUGGCAGAGAAAGCAGGACAAGGCACGCAGCUUAUUACGGUUGAUGAGAAACUGGACAUCAGUGCUGUGACUGGAGUGCCAGAGGAGCAUAUAAAAACACGCAAAGUUCACAUCUUUGUGCCCGCCAAAACCGCCAUGCAGUCCGGAGUCAACACCACCAAGAAGUGGAAGAUGGAUUUUGACACCAGAGAGCGUUGGGAGAACCCGCUGAUGGGCUGGGCCUCAACCGCCGAUCCCCUAUCCAACAUGUUGCUCAGUUUCUCUUCCAAAGAAGAUGCCAUUGCCUUUGCGGAGAAAAAUGGUUGGAGCUACGAUAUCACAGAGAAACGCACCUCCAAGCCUCGUGUCAAAUCCUACGGAGCCAACUUCUCCUGGAAUAAGAGGACCAGAAGGUCCGCUAAGUGAACUCAAGACUCAUCUGUUAGUCGCCGCGGCGGACCUGUACAAUUCUUGUCAAUAAAUGCUUAAUCACACGUUUAAACCAAAA